CACUGACACACACUCACACACUGACACACACACAGAGAGAGAGAAAGUUUUGGUGUCUCUUAAGAUGCAGGGGUUUAAACAGGGUCUGUGUUUGUUGCCCGUGUUUCUCGUCAUCUGCUCCUCCAGCACUUUCAUCAUCUCAUACGUGAUCGCUGUUUUCAGACAUGAUGUCGAUGUCAUCUUUCCAUACAUAAGUGACACUGCAGCGAAGCCUCCUGAGAGCUGCAUCUUUGGUCUGAUGACGUUCAUCUCUGCCUGUGCAGGAAUCUCCACCAUCUAUGUGAGAUAUAAGUUUGUGGAGCGGCUGAGUGAGGACACACUGGUGGCGUCUCCAUGUCUUAAUAAAAUGGCUCUGGUUUUAGGGAUGCUCUCCUGCCUGGGCAUGUGCAUUGUUGCAACUUUCCAGGAAACGACAGUGGUGGAAGUUCAUGAUGUGGGAGCUCUGCUCUUCUUUGUCUCUGGUGUGUCAUACACAAUCGUCCAGGUUGUCCUCUCAUAUCACAUUUAUCCUUAUGGAUCCUCGUCGUGUGUGUUCCGUGCACGUGUGGUCAUCGCCGUCCUCGCUGUUUUGGCUCUUUUCCCCACUGUGAUUUGUGCGUUCUUUGUGACACCGACGACGCUGCAUCGACACACAGACGACAAGGAUUAUCCUUUCCAUCUGGCCAGUGCCGCGUGUGAGUGGGUCGUCGCCUUCAGCUUCGUCUUCUUCUUCCUCACGUACAUCGACGAUUUCAAACUUUUCACCUUACACGUAAGAACAGAGCUUGAGGGAUAACGAGGACCAUUUCUCGAGGUGCUGCUGAUGUUUUUACUCAGACGAGGUUCUUCUUUUGCCGUGUGUCAUGUGUUUCGCUGCAUUUCGAGACUCAUCAUUCCCACUGCAUUCCCUCGAUGAUCACUUUCGCAACCUUUGCACUCUUGACUCUGGGCCACAGCAGCGUGACACUGUGGACUCGUUCUGCUUCUGGUUUCUCUUUCCUGUUUGCUGGUCACAGCUGAUGUGAAAAUGUUAAAUUAUAAACCACUGGAACUGUACAUAGGUGCUCGUUUUAUACACAGCGGGGAAUUGUUAUCCACAUGCUGCCAAUUCCUUAACACAAGUAUUCUAUUUUUAUAAAUGUAUUGUUUUUGUAGCAUUAACGUACUGUGGUGACGACACUUUAAAAUUCACAUUUUUAUUCUCCUGUGGUGCAGCUGCGGACAAACGUCUGUAACGUGUUCGUCUUCAGUGAAUUAGGUCACUCGUGUAAUUCCUGUUAAACACACGAGGCUGGAAUCACUGCCUCAGAUACAUAAUAUCUACAUAUAUAUAUAUAUAUAAAUGUUCACUUUUUUAUAGAGAAAUGACUAAAGGCUACGAGAAAUACAACAUACAGUAAAUCUAGACUUCAUCUUACUGUCAAAUACGUUCAUACUUCUUUAUCACGACCUUGUCUGAGAAACAAUUAAGAUCUUAUAGAUUUCUAUUAUAAUAAGGACAUUUAUUUUGUUCAUAAUCGGUGGGAUUAACAUGCACCGUAAUGGUUAGAUGUUUACGUUACGUAAAAUAAAUGACUGUAAAAGGAACAAAGAAGACACAGAUAAACGCAGCCAAAUGUUUUUACUUUUCUACUUUGCUUUUUUUUAACUGUACUGCUGAACUGAUUCAUAUCAACGUUACAAUCAAUGAACUUUAACAAUGCACUUUUUCUAAGUCUGUACGAGUUUUUAUUACAGGAAAAUAAAAAUCACACUUUCUA